AUGGACGAUGGAUUUGCAUUGAGAGACGAAACAAUUCGUCUUCUAGCAGCAAGAGUAAAGGAGUUGGAACAAGACAAGAUUCAGAGAGAAAGUUGGUCAUUCCAGUUUGGUGAAGCUGAAACCGGAUAUGCUUUAGGAGGCAGAAGAAGAGAUAAGGUUGGUGAUGAAGAGGCUGAGAUGCAUGGUGAUAAGGAGGGUGAUGAAAAGGCUGAGAAGCAUGGUGAUAAGGAGGGUGAUGAAGAGGCUGAGAAGCAGGGCUUGGAUGAUUAUGAGGCUGAUAAGGAGGGCGAGGACAAUGGUGACAAGGAUGGUGAUGAGGCAGAGGCUGAGAAGGAUGGUGAUGAGGCAGAGGCUGAGAAGGAUGGCGAGAAACAGAUUGAGGCAGAGGCUGAGAAGGAUGAUGAGAAAGAUGGUGAGAAACAGAUCGAGGCAGAGGCUGAGAAGUUGAUGCAAGAUACUGACGAGAGAUUUGAUGAUGAUGGAGAUGAGCAAUCUACACUUCAAAUUAUGGCAAACACUGCAGAGAGAUUUGAGAAGGCUGCUGCGGAAAAAUCUGCUGCGGACAAGACAAAUGAGGUUGUAGAUGAUGAUGAUGCUUUGGAGAAGGAAGGUGAGGUUGGAGUUGAUGAUUAUUCAGAGGAGGCAGAUUCGGUUGGAGUUGAUGAGAUGCCAAAGAGGGUGCCCAAGCGUUCUCAUUUGUUAAGGUCUCCUUUUACGCCAAAUUGA